CUGCAUGUCCGAACAUCUAGCAAGUCCAGCUUACUCAGGACGCAAGAAGUUUGCUGACAUCAUUUUAAUGUCACCUCUUAGACAUGUGCUUGCCAUGCGAUACUGACUCACGAAUGAUUGGUCCGCUGCCUAGUCACCUCCUCUGCUGCAACUUUCAACCUCAUCGACAUCCCUGAAUCUAUCGUCUGCCGACAGAAGAAUACUACUGUCUGCGGUCGUCAUCUUUGAAGUCUGAAUCACAUCAACUUACCCAAAGUUUUGUUCAGGACUUACCCAAAGACUUUCAUCAUGUCGCAAAAGAACAUCAGUCUGGACUCCGAGCACCCUCCUUCUUAUGAGUCACUCCACAGUCCAAAUCCCCAAACGUUUGUAUCCAAAAAAUCUGCCAUCGAAGUCAACCAUUCGCCGACUACGGACCUCGAGUACGAAGACUGGGUCCAUCACAACCAUCCCUGCGUAUCCAUCUGGUCCCGCCGCUUCGGAACGAGAACCCCUAGCCACGUAAAUGUCUCCUUUGGAAUAAGCCGCGACGAGAAAGCGACAACACCGGAUAUCUUCUUCACCUGCAACUUUCAGCCAAGGAGAUCUGAUAAUGUAUAUCAAGACAAAGAGAGAAUCAAGAGAGCAUGCUGUACUGUGGCGGCAUUUACCCAGCUGCACAGAGGUUCUGGACGGCACUAUUGCGAAUGUGAUUGGAACAUGUUUCAAGAUUCGAAGCAUAUGUGCCUUGCCAACCCGAAGGGAUGGUGGAGAUUUCAUAAGUGGUUGCAGGCUGCAAAGGCCAGGAGGGCUAUAAGAACGCAUGAUAGAUUGUGUUCGUGCGGAUGCUUUGAGGGAGGCUAGAUUAUGGGAGAGACGAGGUCAGUGAUCCAGGAUGUCCGGGCUCCCGGUACGGCCUCUCAGUCCAGCUGACGAUGAUGAUUAGCACCGUUCACAACAGUGAGGGAGGCCCAUUUCCUGGAAGGCACUGGCCUGAUGUUUUUACGUACCUUCUUUCCUACAACAUCUUGUUCAUGAGGUUGAUGCCCCUAAAUGGCACCGGACAACACGACUCCUAAGGCACAUAGCCCCAACCAUCUAGUUUGGCUGGAAUGACAGCCCUGACUUUCAGCGAUCUUUCCUCCUCGACAUGUUUUGUUCAGCUUAAGUGCUCGAAGUUGCGAAUCACAAACCUCUUG